AUGCGUCACAACGCGCUCCCAGUUGCUGCCCUGGGCCUGGUGCCCUUGGCCUCCGCUGCGCUCUAUGACACUGUGAUUGAUACUAAGUAUGGAUCUGUCCAGGGUUACCCAGCCUUCAACAGUACCAACACUGGUAACAUGACACAUUGGAAGGACAUCACCGUCUGGAAGGGCAUUCCUUUCGCUGCUACCACUGGCGGCCAGAACCGCUGGAAGGAGCCUCAGCCUGUUAGCUCUUGGAGUGGCACUUUAGAUGCUCGAAACUGGGGUAACAUCUGCCCUUCCGCUACCAACUCCGCCGAUGGCUUCACCAUUGAUGAAGACUGCUUGAACCUCAACAUUUGGUCUCCUGCCAAUUCCACCGAUGCCAAGCUCCCCGUGGUUAUGUGGAGCUACCCAGCUGAAUCCACAGCGGCCGAUGCUCUCUUUGAUGGUGGUGGUAUGGCCGACAAGGGAAUUGUGUUUGUCAAUUACAACUACCGUACCGGCCCAUUCGGCUGGCUCGCUCACUCUGAGCUCUCGGCGGAGUUCGAGAAGGUCACUGGUUCUAAUAGCUCCGGAAAUUGGGGUAUGCUCGACCAGUUUGGUGCACUUAAGUGGCUCCACGAGAAUAUUGCUGAUUUCGGUGGUGAUCCUGAGCAUAUCACUGUUCAAGGCCAGUCUGCUGGCUCCGCUGCUACCCAGCAUAUUUUGUACGGCAAUCUUACUAAGGGAUUGAUUGUUGGUGCUAUCAUUGAGAGCGGUGUCCGUGACCCACAUGACCCUCUCUGUACUAGUCUUGCGGAGGCCUACACUACCCUUGAUACUGCUUUGGAUAAUGGUGUGACCUACCUCGAUACCCUGAAUGUCUCAAGCAUUGCCGAGGCUCGUGAGUUAACUAUGGAGGAGCUUCUUGAUGGCGCCACUAGCUCUACGUUUGAGGCUGUUCUUGAUUAUUAUGCACUGCCUGACACAUACUUGAAUAUCUUGAAGAAGGGACUUGCCCACGAUGUGCCCGUUAUCACCGGAAACAACAAGGAUGAGAACGGCGCUACGUAUGGUCUUGAUAUCUCCCUCGAGGAAUACUAUGAGGAUGUGAAUGAGACAUACAGUGGUGUUUGGGUGGACCGUUUCCUUGAACUAUACCCUGCAAAUGACUCCACAACUGCUUCUGGUGCCUACAACUCUAUGUGGACUGACCGUUCGAAGGUUGGAACGUGGUUCUGGACUCAACUUUGGUAUAGCGCGAAGAGUCCUAAGGUCUGGAACUACUUUUGGGAUCACGCUCCUCCCGGCCAGGACCAGGGUGCCUACCACGAAUCCGAAAUCAACUACGUCCUCAACAAUUUAUAUGCCACCGACAAGCCUUGGAAGGCCGAGGACUAUGUGAUCGCUAGGAAGAUGAACGACUACUGGGCCAACUUCAUCAAGACCGGUAACCCCAAUGGCGCUGAUACUACCGUUGAGUGGCCUGCUGUCAGCACCACCAAGAAGACUGUUCAGCAUGUUGGUGAUGGAUGGGGUCCGAUUCCCAUUGCUUGGAGCAAAAAAGUCGCUCUUUACAAGGACUGGUUUGCCACCUUGGUCGCGUACUAA